GCUUGGAAAACCACCAUCCCCAUCCUCGCCGUGUAUACUAAAAUACUCAACAAACACACAUCAGAUCGAAUUGAAGAAAAGAUCAAGAACGUACGAAGCUGCUAAUUAAGCCAUGAUGACAACUUUGGUAGUAGAAGAACCAAUUCUAUGUAGACUCCAACGCCUUGACAACGUCCUUAAACAAGUAGAGGCACUGAGAGGCGGCGGCGGGAAUCAAUCUCCGGCGAAGAGCUCCACAGCGUCGUCGUCUACGGCGACAAGCAGCGAAGGGCAGGCGGCGGCGACAUCGUGGUCCGCCGAGUUUUCUCCGAAAAGCUUGGAGAAGCAUUGCCGUCCGAUUGAUGAUGUGAUAAUGGAGGCAGAGGCGAAAGGCACCCUGAUUGAAAGGCUGGUGAACGUAGAAGAGCGCGUGGCCAAACUCUGCAAUUACCUCCACCAAGAAUUGGAGGCUUUCAAGACCACUAAAGAGGCCACCAUGCACACCACCACGACCACCAUCGCUCCGUCGUCUGCGGCGGCGGCGCAAAAGUCGCCGAAGAAGGGUUUCAAGAGCUUGGUGAAGUCUUGUGUGAAAGGGAAGGCAAAAGGAAGAGGAUAAUGCAAUAUUGCAUGUAUGUAUGUAUGUAUUUUUUUUAUUUUUUUUUUUUUGGAUGAGCUAUCAGCUCGAUCACGGUUAGGCCUGAUCUUUAAGUCAGGCUAGUCAUGAUCUUUAGGUCGGGGCGACCUAAUUAUGUAUGUUUUAGUUUGGACUAAUUCCAGUCUUAAUUUCUAAACUA